AUGAUAGAUUCAGGAUUUGAAAUUUGGCAUUCAAGUGAAAGACCUGAAGAAUAUGUCGACCACAAAGAGUUUGUGCAACAAAAGCGGGACCAAAUCCUUGAUUCUUUGGGUAUCGGCCAUACAAAGAAGACGCUGGUGGGAAAUGAGUUCAUCCGUGGUGUUUCUGGUGGAGAGCGUAAAAGAGUUUCCCUGGCGGAAGUUCUGGCAGGCCAGAGUCCAGUACAGAUGUGGGACAACCCUACUCGUGGCCUUGACUCUAGGGCUGCGGUGUACUUUGCUCGCAUGCUGCGUCGUGAAGCAGACCAGAACGAAAAGACCAUGAUCGCCACCAUGUAUCAAGCAGGCAAUGGUAUCUAUGAUCAAUUCGACAAGAUCCUUGUUCUUGCCGAUGGAAGAGUAGCCUACUAUGGUCCUCGCUCUAUGGCAAGGGAGUAUUUUGAGUCUUUGGGCUUCGUCUGUCCCAGAGGCGCUAACAUUGCUGAUUAUCUCACCUCGGUAACCGUCCUCACAGAGAGGACUGUACGCGAGGGUUGGGAGAAUGAGGUUCCCAAUACCCCAGAGGAAUUUGAAGCACGGUACCACAACAGCUCGAUCUAUCAGGAUCAGAUGAACGCGAUUGAAUCUCCAGCAAAGCUCACCUAUGAAACCGAGGAUCUUGAGCUAGCGGUUGCGAGCGAAAAGGGAAAGCAGCACAUCCCACGAAAGCGCAAUCAUGUGGGAGAUAAUUUCACAUUGGUCGUGAAGGUCUGUUCAGCCAUCAUCCAAGCAUUGGUCUGUGGAUCGCUCUUCUACAAUCUCGCCAGCGACAGCAGCUCUAUCUUCAUGCGUCCAGGUGUUCUGUUCUUCCCCAUCCUCUACUUUCUGCUCGAGUCAUUGUCCGAAACCACUGGAUCUUUCAUGGGUAGACCCAUUCUCUCUCGUCAAAAGCGUUUUGGAUUCUAUCGUCCUACGGCAUUCUGUAUUGCUAAUGCUCUAACGGAUAUCCCAAUCGUUAUGUUGCAAGUGACUUGUUUCUCCUUGAUUCUUUACUUCAUGUCAGCGCUCCAGAUGAACGCUGGUCGGUUUUUUAAAUUCAGGAUCAUUAUCAUUGCCAGUACCCUGUGUUUCGUUCAGCUGUUCCGUUCUGUGGGUGCACUUUGCAAAAAGUUUGGAAAUGCGUCAAAGAUUUCUGGCCUUUUGUCCACAAUCUACUUUGUAUAUGGUGUUUACCUGGUUCUAUUCCACAAAAUGCACGUUUGGUUCAGAUGGAUCUUUUACUUAAACCCUGGCGCAUAUGCUUUCGAAGCUCUCAUGGCUAAUGAGUUCGUCGGACGUGAGUUCAAAUGUAUUGAGCCCGAUUAUAUUCCUUACGGUAGUAACUACUCCACCUUCAAGUCUGAUUACCGAGGAUGCUCUGUUCCUGGAAGUGUUGGAGAUACCAUUAGCGGUGCAGAUUACAUUAGAGAGCAGUACACCUACUCUUUCCACCACAUCUGGCGCAGCUUCGGUGUCAUUGUUGGAAUGUGGGUAUUCUUCAUUUUCCUGACUUCCGUCGGCUCUGAGCUACGCAACAACCAGGGAGGCUCUUCAAUUCUCCUUUAUAAGCGUGGAAAUGGAAAGAGCACAGAGAAGGAAGUGGGCGAAAAGCCUUCCAACUCGAUAGCCCUGCAAGGUUCAACAAAGAAUUCGAUAUGA